AUGCCCCAAAACGUGAGCUAUUCUCAAAAUGGUUUCAAUUCCAAUCAAAUGAGCCCUAGUUCGCCGUUGUCUAAUGUGUCAUCACCCGGAAGUGUUUCAUCUAAUCCCCAAUCACCAUAUGCCAAUCUUGCAGAAACCCCUCCUCCUGCUUAUAGUCCUACAGAUGAAAAUAAUGUAAAUCCAAACAACAAUCAGAAUCCUGAACAAAGUUUAGCCAAUGAUGUCCAACCAGUGGCUUAUCAAGAACAACCAUUCUGGGCCUCCAUAGCUUACUACGAGUUGAAUAGUCGGGUAGGUGAGGUAUUCCAUUGUCAUUCCACCUCAGUUAUAGUGGAUGGAUUCACAAACCCUAGCAACAAUUCCGACAGAUUCUGUCUUGGCCAGUUGAGCAACGUUAAUCGUAACUCUACUAUUGAGAACACUAGGCGACAUAUAGGCAAAGGGGUGCAUCUGUACUAUGUGAAUGGUGAAGUUUAUGCGGAGUGUUUUUCUGAUUCUCCGAUAUUUGUGCAAUCAAGAAAUUGCAACCAUCACCACAAUUUCCAUCCAUCUACUGUCUGCAAAAUACCGGCUUGGUCGUAA